UUUGAAUGAAAAGUUGGCUGCUGCACAGUCAGAAAUGACUGAUAAGGAAAACCUGGUAAAACAAUAUGCUGAAGUUGCUGAAGAAGCCGUCUCAGGUUGGGAGAAGGCUGAGUCAGAAGCCGCGAAACUGAAAAAUCACCUGCAAUCCGUUACUCUUUUGAAGCUUACUGCUGAAGACAGGGCAUCACAUCUGGAUGGUGCACUGAAAUUAUAUCUGGAUGCUGCACUGAAGGAGUGCAUGCGGCAGAUACGAAAUUUGAAAGAAGAACAUGAACAGAAGCUGUAUGAUAUGAUUCAGAAUAAAACCAAGCAGUUUGACAAAAUGAAGCAUGAGUUUGAAGCAAAAUUAGCUAACCUUGACCAACAGUUACUCAGGUCUGCAGCGGAAAAUUCUGCACUCUCAAGGUCUUUGCAGGAGCAUUCUAGCAUGGUGAUACAGCUCAGUGAAGAAAAAGCCCAAGCUGAAGUAGAAAUUGAGAUGUUGAAGAGCGAUAUUGAGUCAUGUGAAAGGGAAAUAAAUUCUAUGAAAUAGGAACUCCAAAUUAACUCAAAGGAACUAGAAAUUCGUAUUGAGGAGAAAAAUAUGAGCGUACGGUCUGCAGAAGUUGCAAACAAGCAACACCUGGAGGGACUGAAGAAAGUUGAAAAAUUGGAAGCAGAGUGUCGGAGAUUACGUGGUCUUGUGCGGAAGAAGUUGCCUGGGCCUACAGCCUUGGCCCAGAUGAAGCUUGAGGUUGAGAGUUUGGGUAGAGAUUAUGGGGACAGCCGUGUAAAGAAAUCCCAAGGAGGAAGGCCCAGUUUGCCAGAUUUUUCAUUGGAUAGUGUGCAGAAGUUCC